UCAACGUUCGACGAAGCUUGGACGACGACCAGGCCAUUGGGGCACGGCCCUCCUCUGGGUUUCUCUGGCCCAUCUCAGACUCCGGUCACUCCUACUCUGAUCCCGCACGGUGUGGGAGCGACUGCGACAAACCUCGAAGGAGACGCUGGUUCCAGUCGCGCCCAGGAGGCACGAGCAGCAGCGAUGACGGCGAUGCCGCCCCCACCACCUCACAACCCGGUGGUGGUCCAACCUGGAGACGUGGCGAUACAAGGUGGAGCUCCAACUCCAGUAGCUGGACAGGCCCCUGGUCAACAAGUGGUUACGAUGACCCGGGAGGAGAUGCAGAGGAUAGCAGCGGCCGCGGCGGCGCAGGCGGUGCAGCAGGUCGCAAGCCACACAUCGCACGCCACCACUGCGCCGGCAACGACAACGGGAAACCAAGAUGAGGAUGUGUCCAGCUAUGGAGAAGGAGGAGUUGCGAGAGAUCGUGCGAUGGAGAGGAUGGCGGAGCAGUUGCGCCA